AUAUUUAUAUAAUCGUCUAUGUUAUGUAUUUAAAUUAUUAAUAUAUUUUGUACGAUGGCUGUGUAAACUGUAAGGCCAGUCUCACGGCUAUGUUUUUUAUUAGCUCUGUGAUAUAUCAAAACAGUGAUGUUAUAGUUGGAAGCGGAUUGUGUUAUCAAAUAAUGAUACUUUAUGACCUAGCGCUUACAAGAUAAAGAUGGCGAAUUUAAAAAAUGGUGACGCAAAGGCGCUGCGACUCGUCUCAGUGCCGCCAACAUUGACAGCUGUCAAUCAGAUUCAAUAUGGCUGCCCGGCCGGUUCCAACAGACGGGCUACUAUCUCAGAUCUGAUACCAGUUCGAUUCCAGAUGUGUUAGAUUAGUGAAGAAGCUGUAUUUUGUAACAUGUGUCAAUAUUUUGGGGAUUAAUCUAACAUGCACUUAACAUUUUCUCAAUGACAAUGACACAUAAUAUUUCGCCCAGCUUGAAUUCUGGACACGGACUAGUGAUGUGACGUGUACGAUGAUAAGGACAGACUGUUGUGACUCUUUUUAUCGAUAGUCCAGAUGAACACACUCAUGCUAACAACGGGCGACGAACAGCCCAUGGAUGGGAACAUGUCAUUUUCUUCUUACAAUAUGAUGGAUUCUGGCGGCGCGGGUAUAGAAUCGCCACCCACCUACCACCGAAGCUACGAACAGUACGUCCAGGGGGCUGUAGAGACCAGCACGGACUCUGGCCAGGAUCAGACCAGCCCGGAGCUCGUCGUGUGGUCUACGUUACCAUACGGUCUGGACUAUAGAGCGCAAUACGACUACAGAAGUCCCUAUGAUACAUCAAGGGAUUACUCCUCACAGCAAUACGCUAGAGCGCCCUUCACAACAAAGAUGGGUCAGGCCAAAGCCUUAAAGGAAGCCAGGAUACGAAGACCUAUGAAUGCUUUCAUGGUGUGGGCGAAGGUGGAGCGGAAGAAGCUGGCUGAUGAGAACCCGGAUCUCCAUAACGCUGACUUAAGUAAAAUGCUAGGUAAAAAAUGGCGUUCAUUGACCCCUCAAGACCGACGGCCGUUCGUCGAGGAAGCGGAGCGGCUUCGGGUCAUUCAUAUGACGGAACAUCCCAACUACAAGUACCGGCCGCGCAGACGGAAACAGAACAAAGCGAGGCCCAACCAGCCCUCGACGCCGUCUAGCGCUCCGCCCCCAGCCUCCGCCACGCUCGGCUCCCCGUACGCUACUGCCACCGACUCACCAGACACCCGCUUUACGCACAACCCUGGCGCUGGUUUCUCACCUUACCGAACCUCCCCACUCGCGUCGGACUACCAAACCGGCCAAUUCAAUGGCCACGUUCAAACACCGGAAUCCUCCCCCGCGAGGUCGCCAGAACCUCAGGGCAGGAGGAGCGCCCCAGCUGAAGCGCCACUCCCUACUCCCGACGCUUCCCCAGUGGAGAACGAAAAGGAGAACUUCCAGUACGAGGACAGGCGAAGAGCGAUAAACGCUUCGUCAAUGAACGAUUCUUAUUCUUACAAAACGUUCAGAAACCCUGGGUCGUACUCCCCGGCGCCGGUCGCCGCUAUGGGGAUGGCUAACGGCAUGUACGUGAUGUGUCGGACUUUAGCUGAACAGCCGCCUCUGGUUACGGGAACGUUCUUCCCACCAGUUGCGACAUCUCAAGACCAGCAGGCGCUUGGAUCGACCGCACCCAGAGUCUCAUCUGCCCCGAGUGGUCCUCUCAAUACCGAAUACAACAUCCAGUACCACCCUUACGAUCACUACGAACAGAUGUACAAAACCGAAGACUCAUACGUCACACACUAUCCAGAGCAACCGAAAACGGAGUACGAGGAAUACAACCCAGGGGGUCCGUACUUCGCAGAGGAACCACCAAACCAGCCUCAGGAAACCGAGCAGAUAAUCAACCCGCGGCCGGAAAUACGGACCGGAUCUCCGGAGUCCGACGUCGACGCGAGGGAAUUUGAUAAGUAUUUGGACUAUGGAGCAGAAGGGGCGAUGGAGCAAUAUAGAUACGAGCAGCAACAGCAGCAGCAGUACAGGCAGCAGUAUUGCGAACAAACUCAGGGAACGGAGUACUGUUCCGAAAGAAUGUACCCCUCACCGUACGCUUCCGUCAUCUCCGGGGCUCCCCCGCCUGGGAACUACAGCACACCCCCCGGAACAGACCCGACCCCACGACCUGACGACGAGUUCAGCGUCAUACUCGCUGGCGUCCGGCAGACAUGUUACAGCAAUUGACAAUGAUAGAUAGCACAGCGCUCCCAAUUUUUAUAAAUCCAUAGGACCGGUUUUUUCUUUUUUCGCAAAAUUUUAUUCAGGAUUUGUAAUUAAAUUACUACAAAGCAAAUUUUGAUGUUCCCGUGUAAGCUGGAAUUAAUUUGCGUCAUUUACGUGUAGUGAUUACACAACUUUCUCCGUUUUAUUACUUUGUUAGUAUGAUAUAUUUCCCGGUACCAUCCCACCAAUUGGGCGCCGUUGACUUAGCAUAUAAGAACUCUUUUGAACCCAAAGAGUUACGAGAUCGGUUCCAUUGUCGUACCUAACUCCUUGGUGAGAUGUAGACGAUCAAAUUAUGUAGGUAACGUAUAUUGUUGAGUGUUUUUUUUUUUAUAUUAAAUAUUAUUACUUGUAAACAUUUAUUAGGCUCUGUUAUUUGUGAUGUUGAUAGUCGACCUGUGAUUUGUAUAAUUCGAUUUGAUAUAAAAAAAUAUAUAUAUAUAUUGACAUCUUGUUUGAGUACGUUGUUUUCGACGGAGAAUUUUUUUUAUAUAUUUUCGAAUAUUUUGCCUAAUUAUGUUAUGUUAUAAAUUGUAUUGUUAAUAUCAUCGAGAUGACGGAUGUGUGGCAAUAGUUUUAAAUAAAUAAAUAUAAUGAAAUAUGUUUCGACCAAUAUUUUUUUUAUGCAUUACAAAAUAGGGACCAUCGAUAAUGAUAAGAAAAAAAAAACAAAAAUAUAUGAUUUUCGAUACAUCAUUUAGAUUAAUUCCUAAGUGUUAAUCUUGAGAUAUUCGAUGUAUUUAGCGUACCAUAUAAUUGGUGCUGUAAAAGACGGUUGUGUGUUCAUUGCUGGGACAUCCAUCAAGACUUACUCUAACUCCCUAAUAAAUAUUAUUUAUUUGUAACUAUUUUUUUGUAUAUGAAUGUCAAAUUUUAAUAAAAUAGCUCUUCCAGUAAGCCUGUAGAUAUAGAUUAAGCAAUAUUUUUUUUUUUUUAUAACUAUUAGUGUUGUUAUUAACAAAAAUUAUCUGUAUAAAAUGUAAGAGCAUAUAAUGAAAAUAUCUCAUAGUUAAUAAUAUGAUUUGUACUAAAUUGUUAAUUAUAAUAUUGUUUAGUUUACGCAAUACAAUAGAUGUUAAACGAAAAAAGACACUCGCACCGCGAAAACUAGGUUCUUCCUGUUUGUAAGAAAAUUUACGAUUAAAAAAAAAAUGAAAUAAAAAAUUAUAUUCUAAA